UGAACUGGGACAGUCAGCGCCCGGGGCCUCCUCUGCUCCUAGACCUGAGCCCAGCAGAACACCCAGCUGCGGGGGUGCGGGGAGCUGAAGAAAGGGGACCUUCAUGCCAUUUGGAGGGAGGCACACAUUUUGCAAGACUACGGAAACAAAGAGAGGAAUUGUGUGUAGCCCUAGCCCAGACGCGCCAAACAAACAAGGCCCUGUGGCCCAUUCACAGAUGGUAUGACAUCCUUCAUCCUCCCCCGGAGGCCCAACCUUCCCUCUGUCAUAAGGAGCUUGAUUCUACAAAAGAAAGAAAACUUCAGAAACACUUCCAACAUGGCUGUGGGGUUCCAGCCGGCCAGCUUGGUGGUCCUACCCAGGUCCCUGGUGCCAGCCUUCGAGAAGUUCUGCAAGGCCAACAGUGGUCCUCUGCCCCUGCUGGGCCAGAGUGAGCCAGAGAAGUGGAUGCAGCCCACCCCUGGUGCUGUUCCGGACAUCAGGACAGUCUGUCCCCAGUUCAAGAAAUAUGAAUUCGGCACCUGCACAGGCUGCCCGAUCUCACUAGAGGAGUACGCGGAGCAGCUGAAGGACAUGGUGACCUUCGUCUUGGACUGCAGUUUCUCCCUGGAAAGGGCCCUGGAGAAGGUGGGGCUCCCUAGAAGACACCCCAAAGGUCUCGGCCACGCAGGAGCGUACAAGACAACAGUGCCUUGUGCCCCUGUGGCUGGCUUCUGCUGCCCUCUGGUGGUCACAAUGAGGCCUGUUCCCAAAGACAAGCUGGAAAGCCUGCUGCAGGCCACUUGCUCCAUGGGAGGUGACCAAGGACGGCCGGUUCACAUCGGUGACCCAGAACUGUUGGGAAUCAAAGCACUUUCCAAACCGGACUACGGGGAUCCUGUGGAGUGGCAGCCAGGGGACAUCCCAGUGUUCUGGCCUUCUCCGCUGACCAGUCUCGAAGCUGUGAGCAGCUGCAAGGCUCCACUGGCUUUCGCCAGCACUCCAGGCUGCACGGUAAUGACUGACCUGAAGGACACAAAGACUCUGACCCAUCGUCUCACCCCUGAGACAAUUCCAGAGGUCCACCACAUUUCCCAAGACCCUCUGCACUACAGCAUUGCGUCAGCUUCCGCUGUUCAGAAGAUCAGAGAACUGGAGACUGCAAUCGCCAUAGACCCAGGCAAUCGAGGGAUCGGGUCCCUGCUCUGUCCAGGUGAGCUGCUGAAGGCCUCGCUGUCGCUGUCCCACGCCCGCGCGGUGCUGAUCACCACCGGGUUCCCCACUCAUUUCAACCACGAGCCCCCAGAAGAGACAGACGGCCCCCCGGGAGCCAUCGCCCUGGGCGCCUUCCUGCAGGCCUUGGAGAAGGAGGUCUCCAUGGUGGUUGACCGGAGAGCCUUGAGCUUGCACAGGAAGCUGGUGGAAGACGCUGUGGAGCAAGGUGUUCUGAAGACACCGAUCCCGAUUUUAACCUACCGAGGUGAAUCGGUGGAAGAUGCCCGGGGCUUCCUGUGCAAAGAUGGGGAUCCCAAGUCACCCAGAUUUGACCACCUGGUGGCCAUAGAACGCGCGGGAAGGGCUGCUGACGGCAAUUACUACAACGCAAGGAAGAUGAACAUCAAGCACUUGGUUGACGCCAUCGACCACCUUUUCCUGGCAGCACAGAAGAUUCCUGGAAUCUCUUCCACUGGCGUUGGCGAUGGAGGCAACGAGCUCGGGAUGGGCAAAGUGAAGGAGGCCGUGAGGAGGCACAUUCGCAACGGGGAUGUCAUCGCCUGUGACGUCGGGGCGGACUUCGCCGUCAUUGCUGGUGUUUCUAACUGGGGAGGCUACGCCUUGGCCUGCGCACUGUACGUCCUGAACACCUGUGAAGUCCAUGGGCGCUACCUGAGGAAGGCAACUGGACCCUCCCAAGCACCUGGGGAGCAGAGCUGGACUCAGGCCCUGCCAUCUGUGGCCAAGGAAGAAAAAAUGUUGACUAUCCUGGUGCAGCACAGAGUCCGGAGUGGAGGCUCUGGUGUCUUGGGCAUGGAGGUGGAUGGGCUCCCCUUCCACAGUGUCCACACCGAGAUGAUCCAGAAGCUGGUGGACAUCACCACAGUGCAUGUGUGACCCUUAACGUCACAUGCACAGAAGUUCCUGCCCAAUGUCCAGGCCUGCAUCCAGGCAGAGUUCCCCGAGACCCCCAGCUUCUUCCCACAGCAGGCUUGCAGGUUGACACGGGUCCUGGGUGAGCCACAGACUCGCCACGGGCCUGCGCGCCUGCUUCCCAGGCGGGGAUAGGGCCACUGGUGUGGGCCAGGGACAUUUCUCUGGGGCUUCCAGUCCCUGCUUUGGUUCCUAGUACUCUCGCCCAUUCUCUCAACCCUCCUCCACACCGGCUGCCUCAGGCACCCAUGCCAGGUCUACUCAGAGAGUCUUCCUGCCCAUCAUUUAGGAGGAUCCCAGCGAAUAAUCGACUGCUAGGCUAGCAAGCAUGGUCCUGGGCAUCGUCAAGGCCACGAGUCAUCCCCAGCUAACUGAGAAAGGCUAAGACGCACCAACUGUGGAGCCACAAAGCGUUGGGGCUUUAGGGAAGGAUUACUCACCACCCACCAAAAUAUUUAGACCUUCGAAAUGCUCUUUUUCAAACAGCAUUUUGUUCACUCAGGCAGAAGAUUUCUCCAGCCGUCUCCACCGGGGUUGUCUUGUCCCCUUCACCCCUGACGCUGCCACCUCCUCCCCGUCUCCUCACCCCCACCCCUGAGCCAGGGCCCUGGGCCUCCCUACACAGUGGGGCAGUUGCACCCCAGAAGCCCAAGGGUGGUUCAGGUCCCCAGGGCUGGGGCCUGCUGGAGUCCUCCUGCACAGCUCUGUCCAGUCCAGUUGUCCCUCUCCCAACUGCCCCAGCUGCACGUUUUCCAACAAAGUCAGAAACUGAGUCACCAGCCAUAUCCCAUUACGCUCUCCCAUCUUGAACCAGGACAGCUUCUUGUGUGGGACCCUGCUGAGUGACACUGACUCAUCCAGAUGGGGUGGGGUGGGGGGCAUAAGGCCACUGGUGAGGCCUCCCAGCGUUAGUUGGGCCUGCUUAGUUUAAUUUCAUUUUCUUAAAUGUGGCUGGUUUGAACCUUUAAUGGGCAUUCACUGUGAAGAAGGAACUAACUCUAGAUUCGACACUCCUGGAAAAUAUAAGUAACUAGCAGGGCAGGUUGGGGUCACUUCCAGUUCUCUCUGCACAGCGUGACCUCCUGUCAUUCUGGCAGGGGUGCCACCUACAGGGUCUUAGUUCUUGGUGGUGUGGCAUCAGGCAAUGCACCCAGAACAGGCACUCAGUCCUCCACUGACCUCACGGCUCUGUGAACCUACCUGGGCUCUGCAGAUGCACUGGCCAGGUUUCCUCCAGUUGUAAAUUUUGUCCCUAAUUUGGGACAUAGAGUUCCAUGUCGUGGGGGGCCUCUGAUGAAGACGGUACCCUGACAUUUUUUAAAUCUUGAUGGCUACAAGAGGAAAAGAUGCCCAUGUUCUUCUGAAUCAUAUUCUGGGGGAAAGACUCCCAUGAGCCUUUGCUUUUGCAGUAGUCAUGGAUUCUGUUCCAACGUGGAGCAGGCUGAGGCUGGACCAUGUAUUAGUUGAUCCUCACUGUGGGCAGAAAUUUAGAAAAGAGGCCAAGACCUGGCUGAGUGAAGAGAAGGCCAAGGGGUCCUAGAUCCUGGGUGGGACAUUCCAAGGUCCCCUGCAGGGAGAAGCAAGCCCAUGACUCUGCAGCAGGGGCUGAGAUGUGAGGAGGGUCAGGAGGAGACCGCUUAGCAGGGUCAGCCCAAGGACCACUGGAGCGCUGCUUUCCAAGAUCCAGUUUGAAAACUUUCCCAUCCCACAAUAUGAUUCCUGCUCAGACCGUUUAGUAAAGUUUUGCUCAAAAUUUUCCUAGCCUUGGCUGUGCUUGGGGGGAGGGCUAGUAUCCAUGUCUGUGACAGGGACAAGAAGUGACCUACAGGGUAUGGUCAUUUGGGGUAAGAGAUGGUACUGACCAGAAUGGAUCUGUGGGACAUCUGAGCAUUGCUGGGCAUUUCCAGGAGUGUCGUGGGGAGGGAAUCCUGAUAAACAGUACUCAGAACGCUCUGGCUGUUCAAAGUCAAGCUGGGCACCUUGGGGCCAUUGAAGUAGUGUAUUCUGCACAGGCCCUGCAGGAAGUGGAACCUGAAGGCACGUGAGCCCUCUAAGGGGGUUGGGGCUCAUUGGUCCCCUUCAGCUGGGAAAGGUGUUCCUCUGCGGUCACUUCUUGCCUCCUUGCAUGGGUCCUUCUCACUGCCAGUCCCAACUUGGUCCAGCUCGUUGCAUUUGCUACUUCCUGCUCGCACACGGGGCUUCCGCUGGCUCCACAGUAACAUUCACUGCUCUCUAGGCAGCGUGGAGAACAUUGUUGUUUGCAUGAACUCAAUAAACUCAGCAAUGUGGUAUGUUGUCAGAAGUAAAGAAACCA